AUGCGUUCAUAUCACUUCACCGCGUUCAUUUCACUCGUCUUCACUGCUACCGCGUCGGUAUUCCCACGCGAGACGUUUGUCAGUAAGAUAGAGCAGGCUUCUCCACCAGUGACAGAAGUUGCUGCACCAACCGUGACUACAGCACCACGUCUUCAUUGCUCUGAUGGGUCAACAAUCCUUCACACGACAGACUGUACCAUGGGAACUUCGGUAUCUUUCUGUCAUAAACCAGAACCCCCAAUCAAGUGUGGUAAGGGCUUCUUCCCCUCUGUCUGGCAUCCAGAUCAUUGCAUGGAACAGUCAACCUGCUUCCCAGUAGAUGCAGACUGGAUUACGACAGAGUGCUUAAAUGGCGCUAUGCCAUACUCGACCUCGACACUCUUCGAUGGACGAUUGUCUGGUGGAGAGUCCACUGUCAUCGGUGCUGUUUCUUGCUCGUGUGCUCCGGAUCAGUGGUACAGUAUGACAAUUGCAGAUGGUGCCUCUAAUGUAGAGAUGUUCUGCAUGCCUUAUAGCUCCUGUCCACCAGGAAUGACAACAUCUACCAGCACCAAUGAUUACUGUGCCAGUGCUACAGCCACAGGUGGUGUUUGUGAAAAAUCUUCUUCUGAAACGCAUUAUUGUCAAUGUGAGGACCCGAUGGAGACUGCUAUAUAUUCAGAUGAGCCUGGUAGUCCUGCUAUUGGAUGUGACAGGGGUUACGAGGGGAAGAAAAAAGUAUCGAUGGCUUAA